AGGGUGCCUUACUUGGCCUUUGCCUUGACAAUGAAAGCGAUCGAAAAGACGUCCGCGCGAUUAGAAAUCAUCAGGAUAUUGAAUAAUUUUUUGCGUUCGGUUAUAAAGCUGUCGUCAGAGGACUUGAUAUUUUGCAUAUAUCUCUGUUUGAAUCGCCUUGGACCGCUGUACGAAGGUCUUGAACUCGGUGUUGCCGAAACUACCCUCAUGAAAGCGGUAGCACAGGCUACCGGAAGGACGCUUGAGAAGGUUCGGGCAGAUGUAAUUGAGAAGGGGGACCUGGGUACAGUUGCAGAGAGGACCAUGUUUGCAGUUGCCUCGCUCACCGUUAGAUCCGUCUUUCACAAGUUGAAGGCAAUCGCGAAAUUGUCCGGCAGCUUGCUGGUUUCUUGCCGCAGCUGUGAAGCGCGGUACUUGAUGCGUUGCUUGGGAGGAAAGCUACGAAUUGGCCUUGCUGAACAAUCGCUUCUGGUAGCACUGGCUCACGCAUUUACCUACAGUGAAAUAGACGAACAUGGUUAUUACAGUUUUGGUAAAGAAGUAGUGACUUCGUAA